GCUGCUGCUGCUGCUGCUGCUGCUGCUUUCACUUCCCAAGUAUAACAGCUUUCUCAUCCACCAACUUCUUUACACUCGCUCCCUGUUUCUUUUGUACUCUUCUUUUCACUCACCCAUCAGGCAGUCGCCACCUAACUAAAAAAAUCAUCUUACCAAAACAAAAUAAAAUAACUAAAAAAUCAAACCUUUUUUCCUUCUUUAGUUCAUAAGAUGUCAGUAGGAAAGCCCAGAGAUCGUUACAGUUCGACGAUCUUUUUUCACUCUUUUAGCAUCAAGUUAUGAUUUAUUCUUCAUAAAUUCGACGUUAAAACUGUAUUUUGGGGCAAAGUUAGAUUCUUUCUACGGAAGUAAUCUAACGAGUUACUCAAAUUGAGAGGAUUUUCAAUCGCGCGGAAGGAGGGGUGGCAUUUAGACUCCCUGUGAGGCCUAAAUUGGUAAGAGUCAAAACUCUCUCUUUGCGGGCUGGGUACUGCCGGGCUUCCUUGUGUUUUGUUGGCUUGUCUGCAAAUUCACAAGCUGAUGGUUAUGUCCUCAUGGGUUUGAAGGCUACUAGAGAGAGUGAGUAGAAUGCUGGGUGGUGAAUAUUUGAACUCCAAGAAAAGCAAUAAGACCAUGCGCCUCCUCUAUUGCAGCUCCCUUGUUUCUUCAUCAUCAGUUUUGAUUUCCUUGAUUGCCCAUUCCUCUCAUCUCAAGCACAUCCACCAGACGCAUGCCUUCAUGCUUCUCAGAGCUCUCGAUACAGACAACCUGCUCCUCAGUCGAUUCAUUCACGCAUGCUCUUCUCUUGGCUUCUAUUCCUAUGCUUACUCUCUCUUCACCUCCAUCACCCAUGCCCCCGACAUCUAUCUCUACAACAACAUCAUCAAAGCCCUCUCUUCCUCUCCCACCCACCCCAAAGCUUCAAUCUUUCUUUACAAUAACAUCCAACUUGCUGGCUUGCGACCUGAUUCCUACUCUUUCCCUUUCGCUCUCAAGGCCGUCACUCGAUUUUCAUCGAUUCAGACUGGGAGGCAACUUCACUCUCAAUCCAUUCGCUGUGGCCUCCACUCUAACCUUCACGUCAUUACGGCCUUUGUCCGGAUGUACUCCUCCUGCGGCUCUGGUUACAUUUGUGAUGCGCGCAAGAUGUUUGAUGGAAUGAGCAUGUCGACAGGAGAUGUCGCUCUUUGGAACGCAAUGCUUAAUGGGUAUGCUAAGCUUGGUGACCUCUGUAAUGCUCGAGAUUUAUUUGAACGCAUGCCUCAAAGAAACGUUAUCUCCUGGACAGCUCUCAUUACUGGGUAUGCGCAGGCGAAUCGGCCCCACGAUGCCAUUGCUUUGUUUCGUAGAAUGCAGCUCGAGAAUGUGGAGCCUGAUGAAAUUACCAUGUUAGUUGCGCUUACUGCUUGUGCCCGACUGGGUGCGUUGGAGCUGGGGGAGUGGAUUCGUCACUACAUUGACAGACUUGGAUUAUUGACUACAAAUAUCCCUCUCAACAAUGCACUUAUAGACAUGUAUGCGAAGUCUGGCGACAUUAAAAGGGCAUUAAAAGUAUUCGAGAAUAUGAAUCAUAAAACUAUCAUAACAUGGACAGCAAUGAUUGCUGGACUAGCUUUGCACGGACUUGGAACAGAAGCCCUUGAAAUGUUCUCUCGAAUGGAAAGGGCAAGAGUUAAGCCAAAUGACAUCACUUUCAUUGCCAUCCUUUCCGCUUGUAGCCAUGUGGGAUUGGUAAAAACCGGUAGAUGGUAUUUUAACCGUAUGAUAUCUAGGUAUGGGAUUGAACCCAGGAUUGAGCAUUAUGGCUGCAUGAUUGAUUUACUUGGGCGCGCUGGUCACCUCAAAGAGGCACGAACACUACUUGCUCAGAUGCCAUUCGAGCCUAACGCGGUUAUAUGGGGGUCUCUUCUUGCUGCUUGUAAUACUCAUGGUGAUCCUGAGCUUGGAGAGCUUGCAUUGCAGCAUCUAUUAGAGUUGGAGCCUGAUAACAGCGGAAACUAUGCACUUUUAUCGAAUAUCUAUGCUUCUCGUGGUAGAUGGAAUGAGUCUCGGGUGGUGAGAAAGGUGAUGUGCGAUGCAGGAGUUAAAAAAAUGCCAGGAGGAAGUCUUAUUGAAGUGAAUAACAGAGUUCAUGAGUUUAUUGCAGGAGAGACUUCGCAUUCUGAGUUUGAUAGGAUACAGGAAGUUCUAAGCAAGAUAAAUGGGCAAUUAGGACUUUCUCAGCAUUUCGGCAAGGAAAGUGGUGCGCUGCUUGAAUUGGGGUAGGACGCACUUCUACUUCCAAAGAUGCAUGAUCUAUUACCAAAUCAACUUCUGGUUGCAUUGGAUAACUAAAUGCUGUGCCAUCUGAAAACCUGCCCCGCCUCACAUGUUCGACAGCUGAGCAAUAAACUCACGUAGAGAUGGGAGUGGCUUUGACAUCUCAUUUCUCUUCAAGGAGGUAAACUAACAGACUCUGCACGAUGAAAUGUUGGUCUUCUCCUUCUUGCAAGGACUGUGCCAUCUCUUCCUUCAGAAGUUUCAUAC